AUGUACAAGAAGAACAUGCAUUACAAAAAAAAAUCCACUGAAGCUUCAGAAUCAAUACAAAACGAAGAUCCAAAGGACAACAAAGAAGAUACUGAUGCUUUACUACAGAAGGAGAACGAGGUUCCAGAAAAUAAAGAUGUUGCAGUUUUAGAUGAAACAAAGCGCCAACCUGUAUCUCCUUUGGUUGAUCCUGAACUUUUAAAAGACAUAAUAAUGUCCAGUUGUCCUGCUGAAAAAGAAAUUUCUCCAAUUCCAAGUGUUGAACCUUGUAAAGUGAAACACAUGAUGAAAUUUAGAGAUGGAAAUUCUGAACCUAAAAUUGAACAAGAGAUUAUACCAUCAAUUAUUUCCAAUGAAAAAAAAGAAGACCAUAGUAGUUGGUGGGAACCAUAUUUUGAAAGAAACAUGUUAGACCCCAAAGAAACAAAUGCGGAGGAGUCAACUGCUGCUGAUAAGUCACAGAAAAGAGAUUCAUCAGUUAAUGUACACAGCACUACUGAAGCAGAACAAAAAAGAAUCCAGAGCGAAAAACAGUGCAACAUAGUGCAAGAAAAAAUCCAAAUAGAGGGAAAGAAAGAAAAACCUCAACAUAAGGAGAAGCUAGAAAAACAGGGAGCUGCAGCAAAACAAGAUAUUCAAGGUGAUGCAACAACAAAAAAUAUUGUGACUGAAAAAGAAAAAAUCCAUGAAGAGGAAAAAGACAAUCCAAAGAACAAAAUUGAAAAUACUCAAGCAAACAAAUCAUUGAAUGUGAUCUCUAUCGAGGAUGAGACUCACCUGAUUAAUCAAGAAGAUAAAUCAGAUAAUCUUGAGGAUAGUGCUUCAAUUGAUCCUAGUGAAGGUUCAAUCUCAAGCUUCACAAUCAGAACCUGCUGUCAAGAAGCUUCACCAAAACAAAAAAAGACAGCUGCUUUUACUGAAGCAAAACAAUCUGGAACUCCUGAAAAAGAUCAGAAAAAAGGGCAAGCAAAAGAUGUUAGUCCCAUUAAGAAGAUGUCAGAAGGGAAAAGGACAACUACUUUAGAUAUUAUUCCUAUUCAAAAGGCACCAAGUGCUCCUGCUAAAAAACCUGUUCAAUCAGUUGUUAGCCCUGCCAAGAAGAAUGCUGGGAAAAGGAGAAAAAUAGAUGAAGUUCCAUCUGAUGAACCAUCUGAGGAUCCUUCUGAUGAAGAUUCCACUGAUAGUGGUGAUGACAGUGAAGAUUCUGCCUACAGAGCUGAAUCAGAGCUUAUUGAUGAUGCAUAUGAUAAAGAUGAUGAAUUAGAGGACGAGGAGGAAGUUGAAGAAAACCAAAGAAGAAAAAUCCAAUGA